UCGACCUCGACCAUUGCUACUGUCAGAAAAAGUACUGCUACUGUCAGUAAAAGUACUGCUACUGUCAGAAAAAGUACUGCUACUGUCAGUAAAAGUACUGCUAGUAGCAGAGAUUUUUAUCGUUGUGGUCCGACAGGACACAAACGAAUGUCCGACGUCCCACCAACCGAGUCCAUUCCCAAACCAGAGGAACCUAAAGAACCACAACAGUCUCCUCAGCAACCUCAGUUCCAGCAAGUACCUCCGAAUUACUACCAAUUUCCACCUCAAGGUUACUACCCACCACAAGGCUUCCCGAACUACCCUCCUCAGCCUAUGCCUUACUGCCCCAACCCUUGUAUGUUUAUGCAAAACCCUGCCCCACAAUUCCAAUUCCAAUCUCAGUCCAAGAGAGACCAAGACUUCGAAGAAGGUCUGAACCGCUUACGCAAAGAGUAUGCUACAGCUCCAAUUGAGAGAAAGUUGUUCCCGGACCAAAAAAUAUAA